UUCGCGUUCGCGUUAUUCCCUCAAUUCGAACGUAAUGUAACUACUUGGCGUCAGCGUGAGCGUCAAUUCACUUUGAACGCUCCGUGCGUGCGGUUGUUGCUACCGUCCGUUUUUCGAAUACAAUCCGCGUGUUGUGAAGACUGGUGACUUGUGUUUUUACUUUUGUUGUUUGUUUAUAAUGGCGAUACCUUUUAAUGUGGAAAACGAUUCUGAUUGUGACGAAGCUGUGCUUCAGCUGCUUCUUUCUGAUUUGUGUCGAACUUUGCAGCAAAUUGCUCUAUUUCAACGUUCCCGGAGGACGCAAAAUUUAAAUCGCGCUCCCUCGUCUCCAGCGACCACGACAUCAAGACAUUCCGGCGCAUCUUCAGAGACUGAACGUACCCUCCUAAAUUCGACGGUCGAUUUGGCAUUAUCACUAUCACAAGUCGAAGCUCUUCAGCAGCAAAACGCAUCCGUAUCUACGCGACGCCGGCAUCCCAGACGAUCAAGAUCGGAACCUUCAUGCUGCAAAGAACCAAAACCUGUAGUGAUAUCAGUCGCCGUUGAAGUCACAAACAAAGAUUGGAUCCAGAAAGAGCACCACAUCUCGCCAACCACAAAGAAACCAUGGUAUAGAUCAGACGGCCUGCUAUCAAAACUCAUCCCCGCCCAACUAUCAGGUCCCUUGUGGACCGCCGUCAUAUGCAUGGUGGGCUGGCAUCUACUGCGAACGCGGUAAUUUGGCAGCUCAACAUGUACAAUGUACAUUUAAAUCAUCCAAAGCUGUAGAGAUUUCCGAAGAAACAUUUUUCGAUAAGAAAUCGUGUGAUUCUAUUUGAUUUUAAAAUAUAAAUACGCGACAGAAUAAAAUUUAUUUUUUGUUUUUCGGUUUAUUCUCGGUAUGUUUCAUUUUGUAAAUGUGUAAGAGAAUGUUUUAGGGUUAGGGAUACAUGUAGUUUGUUUAGUUGAAUUAUAAAGGUAUUAAUUGCCUUUAAUUAUUUUUGUACUUGUCGGUUCCAAAGAGAGCAGAACUAAUCAAUGAAUUUGAUCUCAUAGUAAGCACGACGAUAGUACAGUACGUUAUGACUGUCCGUAAACGCGUCGAAAUUCUCUCAGGAAUUUUACUAUUAGACGUAAUUUGAUUUUUGUUUUUCACGAGAAUUUUGUUUUUUUUGUUUUUAAUGUAAAUAGUUUUUUUUUUCUAAAGUUGGAUUCAGUAUAGCCAAAGAUUGAGUAGUGCCAAGCAGUUGUGCGGACGCCGUCCUUUGUUCACUUUCGCUACCGUGAGUCUGACUUAGUACAUUUUUUGUAUAUUGGUGCAGUCUGCUGCUCUCAAAGUUUUCACAUGAUCUCCGCUAGUUAGAUUAGUGCGGUGAAAGCUGGACGCGUGCCGAACAGCCCGCACUGAAUUUUUUUUUGUACAUAUUGAUCGUCUCCUUUUAUUGUGUUCAUGUCUGCACCGGCCUGGUCGCUUCGUGUUAAUAGAUAAGGCCGUUGACAAUCUUGGCCAGAGUGAAGCUCACUGUCUCAUAAGGCUGUUGGCCACAACUUCGCCUGCUAAUAGCUUGUGUUUACUUUUUAUAAAUAUAUACAAGUACCUACACAUAACAUGGGACGUAUAUAAAAUUUAGAUGCUGAUAUUUUAAAAGAAAUUAAAGCAAUUAAGUAGAUUUAGUUUAGAUUUAAGUAGAUUAGUAAAGCUGCAUCUGUGGAUCGCUCUUCAAAGCAUCUCUGUGAUUUGCCAAAAAAGGCAAUUUAUCCUGUUGCAACUGAUCUCUGAAUACAUUUCUACAGAAUGUUUUCGUUUGUAACGAUUUUAUUCCCUAGUCAGUAUAGUCGUUUUGUUUUAAGGUUGACUAGAGGUUUUUUUAAUUUUUGGGCUCAGGAACGCCCCUAUGUUUUUUUAAUAUGUUUAUGUGCUAAUGUGUUGUUUGUGUAUUGUUUAUUUUAUAAAUAAGUAUUGUAUGCCAUACAUUUGAGUUUAUGUCAUUUUAAUUUUUUUAUUUGUUUUUGUACGUUGUGUAAUAUUCUGAGCUGCUGGACCAAUGGCCGAACCAAAUAUUGUUUUGGCCCAUCAGUGAUAUAUUAUACAUUGCCCACGGCAGACCAAUAAUAUACCAGUUGAUUUAAGGUUGCUUAAUAUGUAUAUUAUUUCAAAUAUAAAUGUCAUACGUUUUAUACAUGUUUAUACACAUAUAUAACUAUAUAAUAUUAUAUUUUUGUGAGGUAUGGAAAAUGUAGCAAUUACUUCUGAUUUACCAUACUCACUAUCGAGCUACCAGUAGUCUUUCAAUAAUGUAAACUUUUUCACUUUUAUAUAAUUAUUGGUUUUUCAAAUAAAUGUAAACAUGCC